CGCACAAUCCGAUACGAAGCCAAUAAGCGAACGAAUACUAUGGAGCAGAUUAAAUCACAGCCUCGACUCCAUCGCGGUAGACUAUCAAAUACCGAGUAAUUGCAAAAUAUAUACAAUAAUAAUUAAUGCACAUACUUACAUAAAUAUAUAUGUAAAUACAUGCAAGUAUAAUCAUAAGAGCGAAGUACUACGCAGAAAGGGAGGUGAUCUAAAAAUCAUUGAUUUUGUUGGUAUUCGGCGCCAGCAGAUCGUAACUUAACCCAACUUAAACUCAGUUGGAGACGCGAUUCGGUGAUUGGCGGAUGGGCGCGAUAGAACGAUUCGGAAGUGAAAAUAGAAACGCAAAGUGUUUAAAUGAGUUAAAUAUAAUUAAAUACAUAUGUUUAACUAUUUAAUAUAUUUUGGUUUACAAAGUACAUACGUGAGUUGUGUUGUUUAUCACGGAUUAUUACUUAUCUUCGAAUGGUAAUAAUCGAUAUGUAUAGCGUUCACAUGCUCGAAACUUCUCGUGUGUUUUAGUAAAAUGAUUGCGAAAACUAAAAGCGUGGAAAAUAAAUUUAAAAAAUGUAUCAAGUGAAUUGAAUAUAACUGCUGGCAGGAAAAUGUAUGAAAUAAACUCUUGUUGAAAGCCUCAGUAGUACCAAGUUAACAUCCAAAGAUCUUUUUCACCUUUAUUAAGAGAAAAAGAUCGCGACACAAAUAGCGAAUUUCUUGCGGUGUACGAGUACGAGUAGAAAUAUUUAAAAAAAGUUGAAGUUGUUAUUGUUGAAAAUCAAGUUAUAAUACACAGUGGCCCAUUGAAUGCGGAAAUCAAUCUUUCCGAUCGCUUCAAGCGCGCCAACAUCAGCUACACUUUUUCAUGUUUGUAUGUAUGAAUAUACAAACACAUAUUUGCGAGCGAAUACAUAUAACAGUAGGCUUAUGGAUACAAGCGAACACGAAUUAAGUGACAUUAUUGAGAUCAUAACACCAGAAUUGGAUGGCACUACAGCCUCUUCAAAACCCUACCUACGUGUUGUGGAACAACCCACCCGUAAGCCUAUGCGCUUUCGCUAUAAGUGUGAAGGUCGCACUGCAGGAACCAUACCCGGUGAGAACUCUUUUCAGGAAACGAAAACAUUUCCAACUGUCGAAAUUGUUGGCUACAAUGGCGAGGCAUUAAUUCUCGUGUCCUGUGUCACAAAGGAUAAGCCCUAUCGACAGCAUCCACAUCAGCUGGUAGGUAAAAAUUGUAAAAGUGGAGUCUGCACUAAGAACGUUGGCCCUGGUUUGCCUCUGCGUGCAGAAUUCAGCAACAUCGGCAUACAAUGCGUACGAAAAAAAGAAAUUUCCGAGUCAUUAGAGGAGCGGAAAAAGAAGAAAGUCGAUCCUUUCAAGACUGGAUUUGAUCAUAUAAACGAUCCGAACUCAAUCGAACUGAAUUCCUUACGAUUAUGCUUUCAAGGUUUUCUAAAGAGUGCCAAUGGUUGGGAGCCGCUCAGUCCAGUGGUGUCUGAACCCCUGUAUGACCGAAAAGCAAAAAGUGAAUUGGUAAUAAGUCGUCUUUGCAGCUGCGCUGCAACUAUCGAUGGCGGUGAUGAGAUAAUUUUGCUCUGUUCGAAAGUCAAUAAAGAUGACGUCAAAAUUCGCUUCAAAGCAAUCGAUAACAAUCAGGAAGUGUGGCAUGCAUAUGCCGAGUUCGAACCGUCCAAUGUGCACAAGCAAACAGCGAUAGCAUUUCGGACACCACGUUAUCCCCAGGCGGAUUUGCCGAAAACUGCCAAGCCAUAUAUUGAGUUGGAAUGCCCCAGUCUGGACAAAAGAAGCGACCCUUUAGAGUUCGUGUUCCAUGACCCAGGUAUGCUUUCCUUUGCCAGUAUGCGUCGCAAACUUAAACGAAGAUCUGACGUCGAUAUAUUUCAACACAUAUUGUCUAUGGAUAGCGAGAUAACGGCUACAAAAUACUCCUGCCCACUCACUGGUAUCGAUUCAGACUUGGAUGACAAUGGUACCUUAUCGACUGAACGCACUCAGAGCACCGUCAGCAAACAGCAUAGCUUAGAUACACUCAAUGAAACUGAAAGUAUAUCACGACACAAUAGAGAGAGUGUUACCUAUGACGGUGACUUAAAUUUUGAUCACGCCAUUGGCAUAGAAAUUGAGUUAGAAGUACCACAAAUGAAACACCAAGCUGAGGAUGCAAACACACAGACGUCAACUGCCAUAGACGAAAUCCUUAGGCAUCCAUCGUUGGUUGCGCCCAAAUCAUUGUUGGCCGUCGAUAAGAUUUCAGAGUGGAUGCGUUCUAAUGAAUUCGAACGGACAGACAGUCUGACUGUAGAGAAUGGUGAUACGACUUCAUUGAGCCCCAUAACAGUGUGCACAAACGUCAACAGCUUAUCAACCAACCACACAACCAUAUCGACAGGCACUGACGAAGAUAAGACUUUUACUGACAAUAUGGAACAUGCAUCUGAACUUGAUGAUAUAGGCAUGGCAUCGCAAUCCCGUCGGGGUACAUUCGACAAUCCUGUUAUACAAAAUUUGUCUCUUGGUGGAUCUCCUAUUGGCGACAACAAAUCAGUUGCAACAAUGGUUGAGUUUGUCGCUACAACUCCUAAGAAUGCCAAUGCUAGUAUACAGCCCUCAGCAGGAGUAGAUGAAAGUUUUGACGAAACGUCAACAUAUACCAGUUUACAGAUCGCUUUUAAGAAUCCACUGUCUAUACCUUGUGGGGACAAGCAAAACUCUACAGUUAUCGUCAAUGACGAAGAUGGUUUGGUGGUGUUGAAAAACCCACCAGCACCGAAAAUACGUGUAAACGCCGUCCAAACACCCCCCUCGCCUCCUUCACCUUCUCCUCCACUACCCCUACCACCCCGUACUCCAUCACCCGGUCCUGACCGAAAGCUUCCACCCUUACCACCUAAGCGGAAAACGUCUCAAGAAUUAGGUUCAAACUCACCGACUCUACACAGUUCCGUGGAGUACUCACUGGCCAGUAGUAUUUCGUCACGACCACCAUCGCAAAUCAUUAUAAUGCGAACACCCGAUCAAAGUCCAACUAAACGGCAAACUACACCGACUUCUUCGCCAAAGAAACGUCAAGGUUUCUUCUCUCGACUCUUCUCUCGACGCAAAAGUAAAACUGAGGUGGGAAAUAAUGACAAAACCACAAUGAGCCAGCCACCCAAACGGGUAACACCCACUGACAGUCGAGAGCCUAGUAUUGGGAAUUUUUCAAUUAGCGAUCCCAAUCGUUCCUCCCUUCGUUCUAUUAAAUCUUUGCAACCUAAUUACGACUCUUUAAAUCCUCAAAACAGUUCUGCUCAGAACGAAAUUAAUAAAAACGGCAAGCCGGUGGGUCGAAGUGUGAGCAGUGUUUCUGGUAAGCGACCAGCACAAUUAAAUGCCGAUGUAAUCCAUAUACCGCUCAAAGGCGAAAACGCUAAAAGUCUACCUUCCCAUGAAGGCAAGGCUUUCACUUUUGGUCAAUAUUUGGACCGCAAAACGCUCAGUGCACUCCAAUUGGCAGAAAUACCUGUUUGCGAUGGAAACAUGGAGUUGGUAGCCAUUGCCGAUCGACAAAGCAUAAAAAAUCUAUGCGAAGGAGAAUUCGGAGUUAUUCUCGGUCCGGAAGUAGACUUGCAAGAGGCAGAACACUUUGCUCUAUACACAAGUAUACCACCAGAUCGUCAGAUUACAGCGAAUAACUCAGAGAUCGAUCUAAAAAUGUGCGCAGGUAGGGAUGACAGUCCAAUAAUAACAGGUGACGAAAUUGCAAGACGACUGAACGAAGCCAAUAGAAUGCUUGCCGACUAA